AUGGCUGCAGAACCCAACCACCACAUCGCGGAGAUGAUCCAACCACGCUUCCGCGUGUACAAUGUAGCGCAUAGAGGACUGGUGGCGGUGCUGGUAGGAUUCACGUGUGUGUUGUUUGCAGACUCCUGUUACAGAGCGAAUUACACACUGCAGAAGAGCUCAGCUGAUAAGGCCGCGACGCAAACG